CAGAAAGAAAUCAAAGGAGAUCGCAUUCCGAAUCAUCUUUCUUCCCUCCCCUCCCCUUCCCGUACGACGAUAAUACUUCGUCGAUAUAUGUUUGUUAUGUAUGUAUGUACGCGACACUGGAAUCCAAUAUCUGUGACAGAUGAGAAGUUUCGUAACUACUAUGCUGUAACUUGUAACUAGUUACAUGUGUAACGUCGCGCAUGUUUGACAUCGAUCUUCUAAUUCGUUACAGAAUACGACAUACGACACAAGUCGCAUGUAUACAUACGCGUCAUCAUGAAGCAAGUACGGGAAUACGUAUUCAGCCUGUGAAAACAUCAUCGCGGGAUAUGACGUCGGCUUUCUCAUUAUUUAUAGAAUAAUAAUUCAUUUAGGUUAGGUUAGAUUUAGAUUUCAGAUUAGAGGAUUAUUUUAAUAAAUAUACACAACACAUAACAAUUUUACGAGUUGUGUGUAAAAGUUGUAUGAAUUUAGUACGAAUAUAUAUCGUAUAAAAAGUGGAAAGGAAAAUAACAAGAAUCGACGCGAGAUUGACUUGAAUUUAACAUCGACAUUUCUGUCUUGAUAUGAAUGACAAUCCGGGUAUCGUGUGCUUCCGUCACUGCCCGAGGAAGAAUGUAUUCUGCAGGAAUUAGAAUAUAAAUAGGAGGAACCUAACAACGAGAGGCAAAAUGAUUUCUACCAAAAUUAGAAUAUCUUUGUUCAACACAUGUUCCAAACAAAAGCGAUUACGAUUAUUGAGAAGAUUAAUUACAAACGAUAGCGAAAAGAAAUUUGACGUGAUCGUAGUUGGCGGCGGUCAUGCUGGAACUGAAGCAUCUACUGCCGCUGUUAGAAUGGGUGCAAAGACAUUAUUAGUUACUCAGAAAAAAAGUACUAUAGGAGAAAUGUCGUGUAAUCCGUCUUUUGGUGGAAUCGGAAAAGGCCAUUUGAUGAGAGAAGUGGAUGCUUUAGAUGGGGUAUGUUGUCGAAUAUGUGAUAUUUCGGGGAUUCACUACAAAGUUCUGAACAAACGCAAAGGACCGGCAGUAUGGGGUCUCAGAGCUCAAAUCGACAGGAUAUUAUACAAGAAACAUCUUCAGGCGGAACUUUUCAAUAUGCCUGGUUUAGACAUUUACGAAUCCUCUGUAGAAGAUUUGAUUUUAGCUAAUAAUCCUCUGUCCUGCUGUGGAGUAAUUCUCAAAGAUGGAACAAAAAUAUUUGGUGAUGCAGUAGUUAUAACCACAGGAACUUUCUUAAAAGGCCAAAUAAAUAUUGGAUUGGAGAAAAGACCUGCAGGUAGAUUGAAUGAUGAGCCCAGUAUUGGUUUGGCAAACACACUUGAUAGGCUUGGAUUUCAGAUAGGAAGAUUGAAAACUGGGACACCACCAAGAUUAGAGAAAGAUAGUAUUGACUUCAACAAAUGUACGAAAUUUCUGCCGGAUGAUUUUCCGAUACCGUUCUCAUUUAUGAAGGAUAAUGUAUGGCUACCGUCCGAGGAGCAAGUACUAACAUAUCUGACAUAUACGAAUGAGGGUGUCGCAAAGAUUAUAAAAGACAAUAUGCACUGUAACUUACAUGUCACGGAGGAGAUAUCAGGUCCACGAUAUUGUCCGAGCAUAGAGAGUAAGAUUCUGCGAUUCCAAACGCCUAGGCAUCAUAUUUGGCUGGAACCGGAAGGUCUGGAUUCGCCAUUAAUUUAUCCGAGUGGAUUGUCAUGCACUCUGCCAGAAGAGAAACAAGUGGAACUCGUUAAUUGUAUUCCAGGAUUGGAAAACGCUCGUCUAGCGAAACCUGGUUACGGUGUCGAGUACGAUUACAUAGAUCCUAGAGAAUUGACUUCCCAGUUGGAGACUAGAAAGAUUUCAGGAUUAUUCUUUGCUGGACAAAUAAACGGUACCACCGGUUACGAAGAAGCUGCCGCACAAGGUAUCGUCGCGGGUGUUAACGCAGCCGCUAAGGUGUUUAAGAAACCACCGCUUCUGAUAAGCCGAACCGAGGGUUAUAUUGGCGUUCUCAUCGACGAUCUCACGACGGAGGGUACUACGGAGCCGUACAGAAUGUUCACCAGCAGGUCGGAGUUUCGAUUGAGUCUGCGUCCUGAUAAUGCCGACCAGAGAUUGACAGAAAAAGGCUAUGCAAUAGGCUGCGUUUCUCAAGAGAGACUCAACAAGACGAGAGAAACUUUUCACAAAAUGCAGGAAGCUAUGCAAAUACUUAAGAGCGAAGUGCGAUCGAGCAUCAAGUGGCGACAAUUGUUGAAGAUGAAAAAGACUAAGACUAUUGGAAAUAAGUCGGCCUUUGAGAUGCUUUCAGUGACGGGCGAGGAGAAAGUCACAUUUGAGCAAUUAGCGAACUUGUUGCCGAAUUUGUUAGGCCACUUGGAUAGAGAUCCCAAUCUGGCAAGAAGAAUAGAGAUAGAAGCAAAAUAUGCUCAUGUCGUUGCGGAUCAACAGGAUCAAGUGGAAGAUAUCAGGAAGAACGAGCGAAUGAUUAUACCUGAUGAUAUUGAUUAUAAUAGUCCUAAAUUAAAUCUAUCUGUUGAAGAUCGAGAAAAACUCACAAAAUAUCUCCCAAGCACGAUUGCUGCAGCGAAUAAAAUCUCAGGUGUGACACCUUCAGCCAUAAUAAGGCUACUUUAUUACAUUAGAUAUCACUCCAACGAAGUUGUUACAAAAGUAUAGUAAUGUAUUAUAACUAAUAACAAAUUAAAAAUAAACUAUAGUGACUCUUUUA